AUGUCUCCAGCCUUUUCGUGGUAUUGCUUGCCAAAAAUUAAUGGCAGGUUCAGUGCUAAGCUGUGGUGUGUUGCUACCACCACACCUCCUCUUCACAGCAUCUCCGCUAGCCGAGGAUGUGACCAGACUGAAGUGAAUGGUCAAGUUGAUGAUCCUCCUCAAUAUUCCUUCGACGGCGCAGUUCUUGAAAAGCCAAUCUCGACUCGCAGCCAACUGGAGGGUCGAAUUGUGAAACUCUGGAAGAAAGUCUGGCUAGGCCUUUAUCAGAUCGAUGAUAACGAGGAUCGAUACCAUGUCGAACGACUGGAAGCACUUUCUCUCGGGGCCGGCUUGACUCGCACAUACCGAGUUGGCGAGCUUCAAGUUCUCAGGCGUCAUUUUCUUCGAAGCGAGACCAACAAUGGAAUUGCUUCGUUGAAGCUUUUCCGGGGUCUAUCACUUUCGACCCUUCUAUCCGUGAUCCAUAUUCUGGAGGCUUAUGAAAGUGAAAUUGAGAACUUGAGGCUGCUCUAUUCCAUCUUGCGAAGGGGUCAGCUUUCACUGCAUGAGACUGCUGAUCUUGCUCAAACUGCUGUUGUCAGAACUGAGUAUAUGGCAAUUGCGGAGCCGAUGGAGAAGCGGAUCAGACAGUAUGAUAUUCGAAUGAAUGUGGUAAAUAUGGAUAUCUGCGAUGAGGCAAUGGGUUUCUAUGAGCGACAAAAGGGGGAAUAUAUUUACCACAAGGCAUUCCCGAAUGCGUGGUAA